UUAAUUAUUGUACUCCCUCACUGGCUUCCCCACAGCCGAAACACACGCCGUUCUCCAUCUCUCUGCACUGCAAAGCAGAUAUGCAACGGCGUUUCUCCUUCCUCGGCUGAGGCGGUGUAAUCGUUGUCAGAGCGGGGUAACCUGUUACUGGUGACACGGUCAACGACCACAAAUGAUUGAGGCCCAGGCGCAACAUCCCCGAUUCGGAUGGAAAGACGACUAGCGCAGUGAUGGGACAGUUUUCCGGAGGAUGCUACCUGAGUUUGGGCAUCCUUGUAUUUCUUGGUUUGCAGUUCCCGGUCACGGUGGCACGAGGUUCUAGGAGUGAUGCUCUGCAGCAUGGCACUUCGGGGACCCUCCCCCACUUCCUGCAGGAGCCUGAUGAUGCCUACAUUAUCAAGAGCAACCCCAUCAAGCUCAAGUGCCAGGCAAGGCCUGCCCUGCAGAUCUUCUUCAAGUGCAAUGGAGAGUGGGUCCACCAGAGCCAGCACCAGUCUCAGGAACACACCGACCAGGGGACAGGGCUGAAGAUCCGGGAGGUGAUGAUCAAUGUGUCCCGUCAGCAGGUGGAGGACUUCCAUGGCCCAGAGGACUACUGGUGUCUCUGUGUGGCCUGGAGCCACCUGGGCACCUCCAAGAGCCGCAAAGCCACAGUACGCAUUGCCUACCUGAGAAAGAACUUUGAGCAAGACCCCCAGGGGAGGGACGUGCCCAUUAAAGGCAUGAUUGUGCUACACUGUCGUCCACCAGAGGGAGUGCCAGUUGCCGAGGUUGAGUGGUUAAAGAAUGAUGAGCCAGUGGACUCAGACGAGAACAUCGACACGCGAGCAGACCACAACCUAAUCAUCCAGGAGGCACGUCUGUCUGACUCGGGGAACUACACCUGUCUGGCUAGCAAUAUCGUGGCCAAGAGACGCAGCCUUACCGCCACUGUAGUUGUAUUUGUGAAUGGAGGGUGGUCGUUGUGGACAGACUGGUCUGCCUGUAACGUGCGCUGUGGGCGGGGGGUCCAGAAACGUUCCCGUACUUGCACCAACCCCGCCCCUCUUAACGGGGGUGCCUUCUGCGAGGGCAUGUCUGUCCAGAAGAGCACCUGUAAUGCCCUCUGCCCAGUGGAUGGUGGUUGGGAAGAGUGGACAGAGUGGACGGUGUGCAAUGCUGAAUGUGAGAGGCAGCGCAGCAGAGACUGUACGGCCCCAGAGCCCAAACAUGGAGGCAAGCUGUGUGAAGGGGCAGCCAUGGGGAUAGACAACUGCACUGGCGGCCUUUGCGCUCAGAAUCGAAAGCUGCUACACAACGCCAAGCCACAGGGUCUGGAGGGUAACAGUGACGUGGCACUUUAUUCAGGCCUGGCAGCAGGUGUGGUGAUGGUGGUGGUGUUGAUUGUGGCUGUGACGUUGUACCGGAGGAACCAGAGCGAAUAUGGUGUGGACGUAAUCGACUCCUCUGCCCUGACCGGGGGAUUCCAGUCUUUCAGCUUCAAGACUGCCCGCCAAGGCAACCCCCUAUUGAUGAACUCAUCCCUGCAGCCAGACCUGACAGUGUCACGGACAUACACCAGCCCCAUAUGCUUCCAGGACUCCAUGGAUAAAGAACUGAUUUCCCAGGAGCCUUCACUUUUUGACCCACUGCCUGAUCUCAAGGUCAAAGUUCACUCUUCUUUUAUGGUGUCCCUGGGUGUGUCAGAGAGGGGGGCCGAGUACCACGCCCAGAAGGCCCAUCCCCAAACCUUCCCCAGGGGCCCUGCACCUGACUACAGUGGAGUUGGGGUGGAGGGGACCCUGAGAGGCCGGAAGGAGAAGAUCAUCUUUGCCACCCACCCAACAUCUAUGUCCUCCAGGCCCCCACUCAGUACAGCUGGAGUGUUUGGGCAUGCAGGAGGGAGGCUGGUGGUCCCCAAUACUGGUGUGAGUCUGUUAGUGCCCCAUGGGGGGGUAGCUGAGGACAAUACCUGGGAAAUGUAUAUGGUCAUCAACCAGGAGGACAGCAGCAGCAAUACCACAUCAGAGGAGAGCCAAGAGGUUGUGCUUAGCCCCGAGGUCACAUAUGGUCCACCGGGCCUUGACCUCUCCUGCCCAGUCACGUUGACAAUAGCCCAUUGCGCUGAGGUCGCUGCUGACAAGUGGAGCAUCCGGCUCAAGAGGCAGACACAAGAUAACAUAUGGGAGGAAGUGAUGUCAGUGGAGGAAGAGAGCACUUCCUGCUACUGUUUGCUCGAGGCUCAAUGCUGCCACCUACUGUUGGAGCGUCCUGGGCGCUACGUCUUGGUUGGGGAGCCACUGACCCAGGAUGCUAUGAAGAGGCUGAGACUGGCUGUGUUUGGUAGUGCAGACAACAGCAACCCUCUUGGAUACAACCUCAGGGUGUACUGUGUCGACGACACACCCUGCGCAUUCCAGGACGUGGUGUUGGGAGAGCGGGUGAGAGGUGGUCGUCUCCUGGAGGAGCCUAAGACACUGCUGUUCAGGGGGAACUCCUUCAGUCUGCAGCUAUCCAUCCAGGAUGUCCCCCAGUUCCUCUGGAGCAUCAAACCAUUCACCACCUGCCAGGAGUUCUCGUUCUCUCAGGUGUGGGUUAGUAACCAGCGCCCCCUGCAGUGUGCCUUUUCAUUGGAGCGCUACAGCCCCGCCUCAUCACAGCUGUCCUGUAAAAUCAGCGUGCGCCAGGUCAAAGGUCAGGAGCAGAUCCUCCAGGUCUACACUUCGGUGGUUAAGAGUGAAAAAGAGGUGGUCCCAUUUUUCACUCAGUCAGACUGUACCAUCACAUCUCAGACAGGCUCCAGGGCCUUCAAGAUUCCCUUGUCCAUCCGCCAGAGGAUCUGUGCCACCUUUGACACCGCCAACGCCAAGGGCAAGGACUGGCAGUUGCUCGCACAGAAACUCCACAUAGACAGGAAUCUGUGUUACUUUGCACGUCAGCAUAGCCCCUCGGCUGUGAUCCUCAGCCUGUGGGAGGCCCAGCACCAGGACACGGGGGAUUUGGACUCUCUGGCCAGUGCGCUGGAGGAGAUUGGCAAGGUCCACUCCACCACAUCCAGCAGGGCCACUGGGAUGACCACCACGCACGCCAGCCUCUCGCUGGGCCGCAGCACUGAAGAGCUGGACACUGAGUUCACCUAAAAAGGAAACAGUGGGACUGAGAUCCUGGAGCCCCAGUGGGUUGCCACAAGGCAAGGAGGAAUGACUCAUCUAAACCAGGGAGGAUUGGAUGGACCCUUUCAGGGAAGGAGGUCAGACUGCACGGGACAAAUCCAGCCAUGGGUGGAUAGAACAGACAGCAGAGUGGACUAAGGACUUCAGGGGGUUAAGUACUGUAACUUAAGUCACAGGAUGACAGGGGCACAAGGGGUGCUGAAGGAGAAAGGUACACAGGAGUGAGAUGAGGACCAGGAACAGGGUUCAAGAGGCGAGGGCUGUAGGCCAGGGCCGAGGGUUAAAGCAGAAGAUGGGGACAAGGGAGAGGGCCAAGGGAGAACGGUGAGAGGAGAGAAGUUGCAAGUAAGAGUGUUAUUAGGGAUAAGCCGUGUCUUAGAAAGAGGGGUUCAAGAGGAGGCUGGAGGUGUGGUCACAAGAGGGCUGCUAUUGUUGACAGGAACUAAGAAACUAAUUAACCUAUAGGGACUAAGCCACAAGAGUCAAAAAGUCUCCUGCUAGUGAACCGCAAACCAACAAGAAACAUUCCCCGUAACCUGUACAAUUAGGCCCCACCCCUCUGGCCAUUCCCCUGGACCGCCAACAUGCUUUAUGUGAUGUGAAAAUGUAUUUCAUUUGAUAUGAAUUCUAGUUCUAUUUUCCUUUCCUGUGGUUUUCCCUGCACAGUGACGGUGUGUUCAGUGCAUAUGCCUACUGUGAAACCAGAGAGAAUGAGGCUGUGUCUUGGUAUUCCUAUUCAGAUGUUAGGAAACGUUUUGUGACAGUAAUUUGCCAAAUCUGCCAUUUGGUCCAUGCCACUAGAUUCACAGAUGUCAGGGUCGCCCACGAAGUUCCUCAGUUCCAGAAGGCACACAAGCAUACGGCUUAGAAUGAAGCAAUGUGUUGGAACACGCAUUUAGAUUUGUAUGCUGGUGUGUAUUUGGGAACCCAGCCGAUGUGUAAUUGUACUUAAUGGCACUGUUAAGGUUAUGGUGACACGCUGGUGACGCCUGUCUGAAAAGCAUGAAGGUGAAUGAAUGAGUGGACGUCAAAGUGGAUCCCUUCUUACCACAUCGGUGACAUCAAUUGAAAUACAAGCAACAUGGCACUUUCCUAUCAGGUGGAUGUUGUUUUGUUCUUUUAUCUAAAUGUAUUGGUCAGUAAAUCUAUUGAAGUUAUUACAUGUGCUGUUAUAACCCAUAAACUCCCAACCCAGUGGUGAUGUAGGCCAAGUCAGACUAAUUAAUUGAACAACUGCAUAACUUAAAACGGACUAAUUGAAAAUGCAAACCAAACCUUAAAAGGUGGCCGUGCAGACCCACACAUCCACACAAUAAUAAUAUGAAGGUUUAACUGUGAGGACUGUUCGGUACUGUCGUAGUGUUGUCAUGGAUUUUGCGGUGCUUUUCCUUGCCAUAACCUAAGUAUAGUUAACUUUUCAGUAUCAGAAGUGUGUGUGACACCCAGGUAGGAGGCAGAGGUGCUCCCCACAUUGUUAUAGCAUUUAAACCCAGGAGCUGCAAAGGAGAUGAACUGACAUACUAAAAUGGCUCAUCUAAAAUGCAAACAGUAUAAACCCACUCUGUGCACACACUAUCGGAAUGCACAAACACACACACACACUAUCGGCAUGCACAAACACACACACACACACUAUCGGCAU